CACUCAUUCUCUGCUUCUCUUCUCCUUUCAAAAGAGAAAAAGCAAAAAACCAGAAAAAAAAAACAAAAAAAAACCGUAUAACAGCUGUUUUAUUCUCUCUCUAUCUCUCAAAAGAAGGGAAGAAAAAAUCUCUUAGCUUUCAGCAGCUGGUCAUGGAGUUGAAACUGCUAAUGGGCAGCACCAACAGCAGAUUCUUGCUAUUGGUGUCGAGUAUUACCACCUUGCUGUUAUUUACAUCUCUGCCCUCAGUCACAUGCUCUGUUUCAUAUGACAAAAAGGCUAUAAUCGUAAAUGGGCAGAGGAGGAUUCUCAUCUCUGGCUCCAUCCACUACCCGAGGAGUGUUCCUGAGAUGUGGCCUGAUCUUAUUCAAAAAGCCAAAGAUGGUGGCUUGGAUGUUAUACAAACCUAUGUUUUCUGGAAUGGUCAUGAACCUUCUCCUGGCAAGUAUUACUUUGAGGGAAGGUAUGAUUUGGUUCGAUUCAUCAAGCUGAUAAAACAAGCAGGCCUCUAUGUUCAUCUCAGGAUUGGGCCCUAUGCUUGUGCGGAAUGGAAUUUUGGAGGGUUCCCUGUUUGGCUGAAAUACGUUCCAGGCAUUAGUUUCAGAACAGACAAUGAGCCUUUCAAGGCGGCCAUGGCCGGAUUUACCAAGAAAAUUGUGGAGAUGAUGAAGGCGGAGGAGUUGUUCGAAACACAAGGCGGCCCGAUUAUUCUGUCUCAGAUAGAGAACGAAUAUGGGCCUGUAGAAUGGGAGAUUGGUGCUCCUGGUCGGGCAUACACGGAGUGGGCCGCGAAAAUGGCUGUCGAUCUCGGGACUGGCGUCCCAUGGAUCAUGUGCAAGCAAGAUGAUGCACCUGAUCCUAUUAUAAACACCUGCAAUGGUUUCUAUUGUGACUACUUCUCACCCAACAAGGAUUAUAAACCCAAGAUGUGGACUGAAGCCUGGACUGGCUGGUUUACAGGAUUUGGGGGUCCUGUUCCACACCGGCCAGUUGAAGAUAUGGCAUUCUCUGUUGCAAAGUUUAUACAGAAAGGGGGGUCAUUUAUUAAUUACUACAUGUACCAUGGAGGAACCAAUUUUGGCCGAACGGCUGGUGGUCCUUUUAUUGCCACGAGCUAUGACUACGAUGCACCAAUCGAUGAAUAUGGGCUAGUAAGGCAACCCAAGUGGGGCCAUUUGAAAGAUCUGCACAGGGCCAUCAAGAUGUGCGAAUCCGCCUUAGUUUCUGCUGAUCCCACAGUGACGUCACUCGGGAAUUAUCAAGAGUCUCAUGUCUUUGAGUCAAAAUCAGGAGCUUGCGCUGCAUUCCUUGCAAACUAUGACUCAAAAUAUUUCGUGAAAGUGGCAUUCCGAGGCAUGCACUACAAUCUUCCUCCUUGGUCCAUCAGCAUCCUUCCCGACUGCAAAAACACAGUUUUCAACACUGCAAGGGUUGCCGUUCAGACAUCCCAGAUGAUAAUGACGCCAGUGAAUAGUGAUGGCUUUUCUUGGGUCACAUACAACGAAGAGACUGCCUCCUACAACGAUGAUUCGAUGACGGUGGAUGGGCUGUUGGAGCAGAUAAAUGUUACAAGAGAUGUUACAGAUUAUCUGUGGUACACAACAGAUGUCACAAUAGACCCAGAUGAAGGGUUUUUGAAGAAGGGUGAAUACCCUGUCCUUUCAGUGUUAUCAGCAGGCCACGCUUUGCAUGUCUUUAUCAAUGGUGAAUUAUCAGGGACUGUUUAUGGGAGUUUAGAUAAUCCAAAACUAACAUUUACUGGCAAUGUGAAUCUGAGAGCUGGCAAUAACAAGAUCUCAGUUCUAAGCAUAGCUGUUGGCCUUCCGAACGUGGGGACACAUUUUGAGACAUGGAAUGCUGGGGUUCUCGGUCCAGUUAUGUUGAACGGUCUCAAUGAGGGGAGAAGAGAUUUGUCAUGGCAGAAAUGGUCGUACAAGGUUGGUUUGAAAGGUGAAGCUUUGCAACUACAUUCGCUCAGUGGAAGUUCCUCCGUCGAGUGGGCAUCUUUAAUCGCCCAAAAGCAGCCCCUAACAUGGUACAAGACUAUCUUCAGUGCCCCAGCUGGGAACGAGCCCUUGGCUUUAGACAUGGGUAGCAUGGGAAAAGGUCAAAUAUGGAUAAAUGGUCAGAGCAUUGGCCGCUAUUGGCCUGCUUAUAAAGCAUACGGUACUUGUGACGAAUGUAGUUAUAGUGGAACAUACACUGAGAAGAAAUGCCAAACUAAUUGUGGGGAGGCCUCUCAAAGAUGGUAUCAUGUCCCACGUUCAUGGCUAUACCCGACUGGGAAUCUACUGGUUUUGUUUGAGGAAUGGGGUGGUGAUCCGACUGGGAUUUCCUUGGUCAAACGGACGGUAGGAAGUGUUUGUGCUGAUGUCUCUGAGUGGCAGCCUACUCUGAAGAAAUGGCAUAUCAAGGCCUACGGGAAACCUGAAAUGCCACAACGGCCGAAGGCCCAUCUGUGGUGUGCCAAUGGACAAAAGAUUUCAUCCAUAAAGUUUGCUAGCUUCGGGACUCCAGAAGGAGUAUGUGGAAGCUUCCAGGAGGGGAGCUGCCAUGCCCACAAAUCAUACGAUGCUUUUGAAAAGAACUGCAUUGGGCAGCAAUGGUGCUCAGUAACGAUAUCCCCUGAAGUUUUCGGGGGAGACCCAUGUCCCAAUGUCAUGAAGAAGCUCGCAGUCGAGGCCAUCUGCCAGUAAUAGGCUGAAAUACCCAAAUAAGUUAAAAAGACGACGUUGGUAUUCUUCUUCAGUAUUAUAUACAUACACUCCAAUAGUAUUGGUUUUCUUAGUAAUGGUAAAAUAUCCAAGAUCGAGGCCAAUGUUUUCAGCAGAUUGGUGAAGUUGCACCAGCACACCCCGCAGACAGAAGCCUAUGGAUUGGGUGGGAUCAGUGACAGGAAGAUCUUAUGUAAAUACGUGAAUUAUCUGUUUGAUAAACACCGCUUGUAAGUAAUAUGAAGAAGGAAGAAUCAUGUUUGAGUAAAGCUGACAUGGGGCCGCAGAUUUCAAGUUCCCGUGCGAAUUUCUAGUUUCAUAGGAGGGGUUGCAAGCCCUUGGCUUGCAAGGAUUGGAUUUUCUCAUGUAAUCAACCCUUUCUGUGCAAGCAUUUGUUUCAUUGCUUUAUUAGAUUCGAAGAGUCUAAUGAUUAUGAGGUUCAAGCUUUUGUCAUUGAUUUAUCAUUGUAAGAUUGAAUCGAUACAGUUAAUAAAGUUGUGCUUGAAAGGUGUUGCAGUUUC